CCUCCUGUGUAAGGAAUAAAGAAGAUUUUUAUAUAAUUUAGAUAUUUUUUCUAAAUCUUUGAAUAUUUGCAUAUUAUAUAUAUAUAUAUAAUACCUUUUUUGAAAUUACAAAACUUUGACUAAGACCUCAGGGAAGGAGGAGGAUGAUUGACUUUAAUUGCGCUAUUUGUUUAGAUAUUGCAACAGAACCUGUUGUAACACGCUGCGGACACCUUUUUUGCUGGGGUUGUCUUGACCAUUGGCUCAAUAACCCCAAUGGGAUAUUAGAUUGCCCAGUAUGCAAGGGGCGCGUGGAUGAGCGUAUUCCGGGGGAUAUUAUACCUCUGUAUGGGAAAGGCAAACAGGUAGACCAAUACCCAAGGCCACCAUCGCAAAGGCCGGAAUCCCAGGACAACGCCGCUUGUACCGCGACUUAUGACAUUCCUAGUCCGACAGCUUACAGUUUCAACUACGCUGAGCACCCUCUCACUCGGGAGCAGGUGCAUCCUUCUGGAGUCUUUACCAACAACAGGAGCUCUUCCAAUUCUCAAUCUAAUUCAAGCUACACCAAUCGCGCUUCACAUCCUCUCCCUAGUGCGCCGCGGGCCCCACCACCACCACGACGCACACCAUUUGUACAUCCUUUUCAGUACCAUCAGCGGGGUGGUCUUCCGUUAACCGUCGGAAGCUCUUUUUUCUUUCUUGGUGGUAGUUUAUGGAUGACCAUAGCCGUAGGUUUGAUUUGGGGGAUCUAUAACUUUGCGGCGUGGCGUGAUUGGAGUACUGUAAUACAGAAUGCUUAUCAACGAUUAUCUAGGUUAAUCACUCGAGGGGCAGAUGCAAGCAGCAACGUUAGGGAAGAUCAAGGCAACGGUGAUAACACCAACAGUCGGAGUACAGAGGUACCAAGACCAUCUAACAGUGCGUCUUUUGCACAAGAAGGGACAACAGAAGGACAUCAGGAGCAUGUAGUGCAUCUUUCUGAAACCUUGAUCCGUGAUGUUGUGCUUUGGAGUAUUUUUGUUGUAAUAUUGACCAGUAUCAUUUUCUACAUUUAAAUAGAUUAUGAAAAGGAUAACACUAGAGUAGCAAAUUCUGAAGGUGGAUUAUUUGCGUUCACAGUGAAGUCAUCUUCUUCAGAAGCUAAGUUGGGCUAAGCAAAUAUUUUUUGUUCAUCAAAUUUAUUACUAUAUUUUUAUAAACGAUGACAAGCUGACUAAGCGAGGAUGCGAAAAUACAAAUUCGUUAUAGUACAUGAUAGUAUAAUGUAUUUUCAGUUUUUUCCCUUUAAAGUAUUUAGCCCUUCGUUAAAUUUCUAUGCUUAUUUUGAAACCUUUUUUUACUUUUGGUAUAUUAAUUAUAUUAUCCAUCACCAUGAAUAAACCA